CGAUAGGAUGAAAGGGACAAGACCUAAGGACAGGUGACGUCUGCUAAACGACGGGCCUCGAUCGGAGGGCUUUGACUUAGUGUAUUGUACCCCCUAUAAAAGGGGUGGCCCCCCUCAUUGUAAUGGAUCGGAAUUUGAAAUCAAGAUACUCCUACUUUGCAUUCUCUCUCUCUAAAACUUAUAUUAUUUCAUACUCUCGGUGGUUUAUAGCCAUCAAAUUGGUGCUUUCAUUGAGAGAAGAGGAACAUACUCGUAGGUUAACUCCCGAACGCGAGAAUGGUGCAAACAAGGAGCAACGUCCCCACCACCAGCCACGUCGUUGGCGAGGAGAACGCGCCGGGCAGCGGCAACGGCACGGGAGGUAUCGGCUCGACUCCAGACGCGGUCCAAGCGCUGUUCGGCUUGGGGGUGUCCGCGGAGCAGCUCCAGGCAGCCGUUGCGGCACUUUCCGCUAUGGGUGGGAACGUGCCCGGCGCCGGAGGUGGCAAAGCUCCGCCCGGUCUCCAUGCCGAACACGCUGCCACUUCCCAACACAAGGGGAAGAAGACCCGUAGGAGCAAAAGGAGGCCCGGCAAAGCCCCGGUGUUUGAGGAGGUGAUAGUGGAGGACAUCCCCGAAGGAGAAGACGAUGAGUCCAGCGAGUGCCGGGUGUCGGCCUUCAAGCGCUUAGGAGGUGAAGAGACCCGGGUGUCGGCCUUCGACAGGCUCGACCACGGACCGGGAGGUCACCCGGGCGACCUCCGCCGACAAAUAACCGAAGGUAGGCGGAGGCAUGCUGAGGAGUCCGCGACCUCGGAUGCACGCUCGGCGAGGCCCGAGCGGAGCGGCGAAAGGCAGGACGAGCGCACCCAGCGUCGCCAUAGUCCAACCAGAACUGAGAAGACAAAGGCCUCUGACCAAGGGGUAUCUCGGAUCGCUCGUGAGAUUGCCGAGCUCAAGCGCCGAGUGGAGACCAGGGCUCCCUACAGCCAGCCCAUCUUGCGGACGGUAAUCCCGUUCACUCCGAGGGUUAUGUCGGUUCCGCUGCCGGCAAACUUCCGGCCCUGGCAGAUCAAGGCCUACAACGGAACGACGGACCCCCAAGAUCAUUUGUUUAAGUUCUAUGCUUCUAUGGAAGCGGCGGCAGUCCCGGAUGAGGUCAAGUGCCGAUGCUUCCUCGCAACGCUAGAGGGCUUCGCGUGCGAUUGGUUCAACCGGCUCCUGAAGGGAACUAUUGACGACUGGGAUACGCUAGCGGAGAAGUUCUUGACGCAUUUCGCAGCCAACCGGAGGCAGAGGCUACCUUACUCCCACCUGCUCAACAUUUGCAUCCGCAAAGGAGAGAAGAUUCGCGACUUCAUAACCCGGUGGGAGAAAGAAGCAAGAGACGUGCACGGGGCGGAUGACCAAGCGUUGGUGGCCAUGUUCCAAGCAGCCCUUCCCCGCGGUGAGGAAUUCGACGAUGCCCCUGACUCCGAGGCCGCGCCGACCAAGCGAGCUCCCGCAGAUUCAGAGGAGAUAGCGAAGAAGAGGAAGAAGAAGAAAGACCACUCUGUGGGCUCGAGGACGCCCUCGGCGGGUGUGUACUCCGUGGGUGCGCCCGCGGGGAUGGGUCGAGAGCUGGCCCUCUCCCCGCUCCCGCACGUGGAGACCUAUGCGGUGUCCAGCGGCGCCAAGUACUGUGAGUAUCACCGCAACAACACUCACAACACUAAGGAAUGCUUCACUCUUCAGAAGGAGAUGCAGCGACUCAUCGCCCGAGGGCCGGCUCCGCGAGUCGAUGGAGCCGCCCCUUCCCGAGGUCCACCGGAAGGGAGAACGUGGAGGAAGCCGACCGAGCCAGUCGCGGUGGCCAUGCAAGCGAGGAACCCCGAGAAGAGGCACAUUGGGCGAGAGUGUGAUGAUCUAGACGAGGACGAAGCCCAAGGAUAUCCGGUGGGGUUCAUCCAUGGAGGAAAUAUCGGCGGGGACUCCGCCGCUCAAAGAAAGAGGUGGAAGCACAUGGCCUUCGUCGCCAAGGUCCAACAGGCGCCGACGCCCAAGCUCAGAAGACGACAGCAAAUCCAAUUCACGGAGAAGGAUCUUCCGGACACGCCGAGCCGCCACCGGGACGCCUUAGUCGUGAAGAUGGAGAUCAACAACGCCAUAGUGCACCGCACCUUGGUGGACACGGGAAGCUCGGUCAACAUAAUGUAUGAGAAGACCUUUCAAGACCUCGGCUUGGACCGCAAAGAUUUAAGGCCCUUCCCCACUCCUUCGGGAAUCGGGGUGGCGAGGGGAGACCAAAAGUUAGCUCGGUCAUGCUAUGUCCGAAUCACAAAGAAGUUGCCAAGGGAUGAGACAUUGGUCGUGCACGCACAAGAAGAAAUGCGGAAGCUGGAAGCACGGCCGAAGGCCGAGCCCGCUGAGGAGGUCGAGGAAGUGCCGCUCGACCCUCGAGCACCCGAGCGGAAGGUGAAGGUCGGGGCGAGCCUGACCGGGAGCCAGCGGAAGCGCUUAGUGGACGUGCUCUCCGCCUACCGCGUGAUCUUUGCAUGGGGACCCGGGGAUAUGCCGGGGGUAGACCCCAAGGUCAUAUGUCACCGCUUGGCAGUCAACCCGGAGGCUAGGCCGGUGAAGCAGAAGAAGCGAUUUCUCUCAUCCGAGCGGAGGGAGUUUGUCUCCAAGGAGGUGGCCACCCUCCAGAGCAUUGGGCAUAUCAGAGAGGAGCCCGAACGCGCCUUCGCGCAUGUCCAAGUGGGCGGUGUUUCUUGGAGCUUUCCAGAUCGAAUUCAAGCCAAGGCCAGCGAUCAAGGGCCAAGCGCUAGCUGACUUCGUGGUGG